CGCCCGAGAUAACAACUUACCCGUGUAUCACAUGAACUUACACGCUUCGAUGAAAUUCUCCAACACUUACCUCCGACACUUCAUGUAUACAUACACGCACACUCGGACGAACGCAAGAUGACAGGUCGGCGCCAUCUUGUGUACUGGUCACUGUUGCUAGGGGUCAGCUGGCUGGGGUCAGUGUGUUGCCAAGACGACUGCAUAGGGCAGGACCAGUGCUCGUGUCAAUACUCAGACGGGCGGGGAGUGUACUUGAACAGUCUUGGACAUACGGACGGCACACCCGCGUUUAAGGACAUUAAAGGAGAUGACGGCAGCGUAUACUCAUACAACCCGUGCUAUCCUUUCUCCGAGGGCGGUUGUGAACAAGUCGCGGCUUGCCAGACUAACAAAAUCGAGCAGUCGAGUGACAUUGGCGACCAGCAGACGGCGCAGUUUGGCGCGGGAGAUUCCGGUCUGGAAGUUGGAUACACGGCGGGUCGCGGACUGCUCACCACCACUACAGUCCAACUGGAAUGUGACAUACAUGCAUGCACACCCAUAAUGACUGCGCAGGGCGGCGGUGCUUCUGGACUUAGAUCAUAUACGCUGACAUUGAAGACGGUGUGCGCAUGUCCGGGGGCGUGUAACGAGGCCGGGCCGCUGAAGCCUUGUACAGGAGGAGGAGGGGGAGGAGGAGGGAUUAGUGGCGGAGUGGUGUUUCUCAUUAUAUUUGCUUGCUUGUUGCUCAUCUACAUCAUCGGCGGUGUUUCAUUCAUGAAAUUCGUGCGCCGCGCCGAGGGGAAGGAACUCUUGCCAAACUACGGAUUUUGGUCCAACCUGCCUGGAUACAUAAAGAGUGGAACGCUAUUCGUCAUUAGUCCAUGUAGGAAGAAAUCUGCGUCGUAUAACUCCAUAUAGCAGCAUACGGCGAGUGAACGCUUGACCGGCACAGGCUAAUCUGGGAACACACUUUACGCACAUGCAAAACGCUACGUUUUCACAGAACGGUGCUCAUAUCAACAGAAGUUUCAUCAAGUGUCAUGUCAUCAAGAGUCGCGUAGAAACAUUCAAUGCGUUUUUCGUUAGUUUAAUGCCUGAUAUGUGAUUGUUUGUAUAUAUUGAACAUUGUUUGUUGAUUAUACAUUUAAAUUACCGGUAUAUAUUUUGUCAAAAAAUCGUUAUACUACUAUUUAAUUCUGCUAAGGAGUAUAUUUAAUGAUGCGAUGAGAACGAUGCUAACUGAUGAUAGCCGAUGAUAACCGAGGAUAACUGAAGGUUAACGAUGAUAGCCGAUAAUAACUGAAGGUAACCGAUGAUAACCGAAGCAAUGGAAGUACUCUUCAGAGAGAGGGGCAUUAUUAUAUUUUUGAUUGCGUUAUUAUUACAACGAGCAAGCAUUUUGUAAUUUGUUAAAUACAUUUUAAUAACCACAUACCGGUAAUAGCAGAAUUUUCGAUAAAAUAACCGUUACCAUGGCGAUUCAGUUUUUUGCGUCUGUCAUAUCUUGUCCAGCUUGUAACUUCAUCAUCGAUGUACAUCUGAAAUAAAAUACCAAAAAGCAUCACUAUUUGAA